AUGGCUGUUGAGUCUACUCGCCGCCAGGUGGCCGGCCUACCUAUGAAGCAUAUUACUUUGGCUGCUCUUGUCCUUCAGAAUGCAGCACUGGUUCUCCUUCUGCGCUACUCACGCACAAUGCCGCUCGUCUACGGAGAUCGAUACUUCGCGUCGACCGCCGUAUUUCUGUCCGAGAUCAUCAAAUUCUCCUUCUUUUUGUCCGUCGCACUCUACGAGAUUGCAACGAGCCCGCAGACUCCCGACACAUCGACCAUUGGAGAGCUUUCAGGAGCCCUUUCAAGAGCAGUGUUUACAGGAGAUAGCUGGAAGCUGGCUAUUCCGGCUAUGCUAUAUGCGCUGCAGAAUAUCCUUCAGUACACCGCUGCGAGUAACUUGGAUGCCGCUACCUUCGCGGUGACAUACCAGUUGAAGAUUGUGAGCGCCGCCAUGUUUGGCAUCUUUCUGCUUGGGAGGACGUUGAAUGGCCGAAAAUGGAUGAGCUUGGGCUUGAUGGCUUUUGGCAUUGCAAUUGUACAGAUGUCUUCUGUCUCGCAGCAAGGCAGAGUGCUGUCGAUCAAGGACUUGCGAGAUGGGGUAUCCUUCCAUUCACCACGUUCAAUUUGGGAAAUGGAGGAUGAAGGAAACAGAGCUGCGGGUCAGCUGAACAAGCGCUCUGCGACAUAUGAAGGCAUUGACGAGGACCGGUCUGCUGCGAAUCCGCGAAUGAACGUGACAAUUGGCUUGGCGGCUGCCGUCGUGGCUUGUGUCCUCUCUGGGAUGGCAGGCGUAUACUUUGAGAAGAUCCUGAGGUCCAGAUCAGAGUGUCGUGCAUCGGUGUGGGUGCGCAACGUGCAGCUUUCAUUCUACACGCUGUGGCCAGUGCUAUUCCUCGGAGUACUUUUCGCAGACGGAGAACAUUUGGAGAAGACUGGAUUCUUCACUGGCUACAACUGGGUGGUUUGGCUCGUGGUUGUCUUGCAAGCUGUCGGCGGCAUCCUCGUGGCGCUGGCAUUGAACUAUUCGGACAGUAUGACCAAGAGCUUUGCCAGCAGCGCAUCAACCGUGAUCACUUUCGUGGUCAGCGCUAUGUUCAUGGACUUUAGCAGCAGCUUUCUGCAUGUUCUCGGCACGGCUGCGACGCUGUUGGCGGCAUUCUUAUACACUACGACGGAAGAGGACAAGAAGACGCGACCUCCGCCGAUCAGCGUCACGCAGUACGAGCAGAGCGGAGAUUCCAAAUCCUAUUUUGACCUUGAGGCUGUCGCUACGCCUGCAGCAAAAUCGCCAUUACGAGAGCCCAUGAGAGAUGCAUUGUCAACCAGCAGGCCUGGUACUCCUGUUAGCGAGAGGAGACAUUUGAGAUCGAAGAGCACGGAACGCAGAUUUAUGAUUUAAGGAGUAGGCUGAGGAGUGUUUUGGAUACCCGCCUGGGACAUCAGACCCACGGCAUGGCACGGCAUGGCACGGCGGGCAGGACAUGGCACGGCGAGGCAUGGCGGGCGGGCAGGGCAGGGCAGGGCAGGGCAUGAAAGGCGUACGAAAGUACAAGAAAAGGCGGCGCAUAGCCAUGGAGUCGGGAGGCAGGCUUUGCUUUCGAGCGGGACGGGAAGGAGCUUUCUCAUGCUUGGGUAGCAUCCUCGGGCUAUCGUUGUGCUCGUGCAAAUGAAAAUAUCAGCAUUUCAGGUGCUGGCGAUGCGAUGCGAUGCGAUGCGAUGCCACCCUUUACGCUCUUGUUCACCGAACUUGCGGUUGUGUCGAACCUGGAAGGGACGUCGACGCCCGCGCCUUCCUUCGUGCCUGGCGACGCGUGAAAGCUCCACUCUGACGGCCUGCCGAGUCUACACUUCACACUUCUGCAUUUGUGCUCUUCUCUCCUUCUCCCCUUCUCCCGCCGACCAUCUUCCAGCCUCCAUCACCAUGACCGACCAGCACAUCUUCGACCAGCUGGACAUGCUGGAGCGUGGUGCCCGCGACCUGCCGACUGCGCGGAGUCGGUAUGGUGCAAGUGGCGGCAGCGAACAGCACCCACGCGAAAACUACACUCAUCAGAAUACUGGCCCGUGGGACGAUGCAUAUCGCCAGCAGCAGGACGACUUCAUAGACCAACCUAUACAGCUUGAUUCGUUUGGUAAGGGCG